CCCCACCGAUUACAUCAUCACGGACCAACGCGAUUGGCUGACGGUCCAGGCGCUCUGCAAACCAGCACGUCUGCGCCAAAGCAUCGACACUACCUGACAUCAAAUGCCUCUUUUUCUGUCCUCCAAGUGAAAAAAAAAAUCCCCGAAACUUUUUGUCCGCGCUCUCUCUGAAGAUGGCAGAAAGCGAGGUGGACACACCGAGCACGCCGAUAGAGUACGAGAGCAAAUACUUCGAGCAUCAUGGAGUUCGCCUGCCUCCCUUCUGCAGAGGGAAGAUGGACGAGAUCGCCAACUUCUCCCUCAGAAGUAGCGACAUAUGGAUCGUUACUUACCCCAAAUCAGGCACGAGUUUGUUGCAGGAGGUAGUGUAUCUAGUCAGUCAGGGGGCGGACCCAGAUGAGAUUGGACUUAUGAAUAUUGAUGAGCAGCUUCCAGUGUUGGAGUACCCACAGCCUGGAUUAGAUAUUAUUCAGGAGCUGACAUCACCUCGCCUGAUCAAAAGUCACCUGCCCUAUCGCUUCCUCCCCACGGCCAUGCACAAUGGGGAGGGCAAGGUGAUCUACAUGGCCAGGAACCCUAAAGACCUGGUGGUUUCCUACUACCAGUUUCACCGUUCCUUAAGAACCAUGAGCUACCGUGGAACCUUCCAGGAGUUCUGCCGACGCUUCAUGAACGACAAGUUGGGAUACGGCUCCUGGUUUGAGCACGUGCAGGAGUUCUGGGAGCAUCGCAUGGACUCAAAUGUCCUCUUCCUGAAAUACGAGGAUAUGUACAAGGACCUGGGCACGCUGGUGGAGCAACUGGCACGGUUUCUGGGUGUCUCGUGUGAUAAGGCCCAGCUGGAGAGUAUGGUGGAGAGCUGCAAUCAGCUGAUUGAGCAGUGCUGCAACUCAGAGGCUUUGUCCAUCUGCAGGGGUCGUGUGGGCCUGUGGAAGGACAUCUUCACUGUGUCCAUGAACGACAAGUUUGAUGCUGUGUACCGACAGAAGAUGGGCAAGUCUGACCUGACCUUUGACUUUGGUCUGUGAAAAAGCCCCACAGCCACUGGACUCUGCCAAUCAACCGAUCAACCAAUCAAACCACCUGCUCUGCUUGACACAAUCUGCACCUGCUAGAAUGGCCCAUCCGCUAAAGUUCAUUUUACCUGUCCUCGUUUCUCUCAUUCCAUCUCUGGCUUGACUUUGCUUAACAUGUGUUGUAAGAAGGUGCUCCUAGGUAGAGGUCUUGAAUCAGCAUGGCACGGGUAAUGUGAGAACGAUAUACCUGAUUCAAGGUUAGUGUGUAGGGGCAUGUCCUGCCCGGAGCUUCAUCUUGUGUGUUUGCAGUGUGUUUGUGUAUCAGCAGUGCUUCAGCCUGGUGACAAGUGUGAGUAAAAUGCUUGGUGCAUUGCACAUUGUAUAGAGCUUUUCCUACAGUAUACAGUCCUAAAAAGGUGUAUUUAUCAAAAUAUGGGAAAGAAUAAUUUAUAUUCCGUACACCAAAACCUCAUUACAAAACUCGGAGAGGAAUUCCAAGAUGUUUUCUGUUUGGUUGAUGUUUGAGAUUCUUCAGAUUUGUGUAAUGAUUGGCUAGUUGCUGUACUGUACACACCAGUGGUGAACUGUGACCUUCAGUUUGGGCCAAACAAUAAUGCUAAUUUCUGCUACUACGUCUAUGGGAUUCUAGUACUAUGUUAGCGCUAAGCCAACAGCAAUGAACAUGUGAAUGCAAAUGUGUGAAGCUUGUAAAAUACUUAACAUGAUUAUGUUUGAAGCUUAUAAAAGACAUUAACUUACAUUUAAUCUUCUGAGAGUUUUACCUCCAAAAGGCCGAGACCAACAAUUUUUCUCCUGCCCAUUGUAAAUCAAAAUUGGCUGGUGAUUAAUUGAUUCCUCAAUCAGGUCCUAUUUAUAUUAUUGGCUAAUCUGACCACCUUUAGGCCUUUAAUUCAGCUCCUGAAGUCCUAACCAAUGGGAGAGCUCACUUGACCAUAUCUGUCUAGAUACCAAAGAGAAAAAUAACCGAUUGGAUCAUUUUCCAUUGUAUGUUUAACCUUUUCAUCUGCACCGAAAGCCAAACCAUGAAAUAUGAGAGUUACUACAGUGACUACAGACUUAAAAUACAACACACCUGAUGAUUCUAUUAAACAGAAAAGAACUACAAAUUACAAACAUCCAUUUCACAGUAAUCGUUAGGCCUUCUCUGAAGGCCUAAGAGGCCCUGAGGGUUCCCCACUGGUAUACGCAGCUGUCCAAUCACAGGUAGUGAGCCUCAAUGAUGAAAGAUGAUUGGUUUAGAUAUUAAUAUAUUUGUAUGUGACUAUCAUCACCCUGGUUUCUAUGGUAUACUCUUAGUUCUCAGAGAAAUGACUGAUGUUCUGGUGCAUAUUGUUUUAGUCCUCUGCAGUGAACAGUAUUACAGAUUAAGUUGUGCACUCGUGCAUGGAUACUUGUCAGUGUACUGUAUGUGUGAGUGUGUGUGCGUGUGUAUGGGUUUCCCUCUAUCAACGAGCAAUAUCUCAUCAUUAAUGAGCAGCCUGGCAUUUGUGUACGCUCUGUGUUGAUAUGGUCGGCAUAAUGCCUUCUGCUCUGAGCUCAGCACCGCUACUCCAGUCCUUUCAUUCAUCUAAAAGAUUAAGGGGCAGAGUGAGUGGGCUCCUCCUGGUAACACUUUACAUAAAGAUACACUACAGUAUGUCAUACGCAGUAAACUAUGAUGCUCCAUAUUGUUCUGAAAGGUGUCUUGCUUUGAUCUGGUGUUACUGUCACAUGCUUAUCAUUUCAAGUUGAUUCAUGCUUAGACUAGGUGGUGAUAAAAAGCCAGCUCCAGGUAAAGUGUUGCCAGACUUACUCAGAUGACAAUACCAGCACUCAUAUGAACCAUUUCAGAGCCCAUGCACCCCCAUACAUGACAUUACCUACAUACCUACAUAACUUCCGCUUCCAAACUUCACGGUUCCUGUCAAAGAAAUUAGGCCAUUAUAUGUUUUCAAUGCCUUGUCCUAUGACCCGCAGAGUUACUACAGUUCUCAUAUCCGGAAAAACUCGAAAUAUUUUUCCUUCACUAGACGGCUAGACGUCACACCCUUAUCUUACAACAGUUAUUUUGCACAAUCCACAUGCCCCCCAGUUACUGGGCCCAGUCUCUGGCACUUCUGAAUGUCUUUAACUGUGUGGAUGUACAGCACCAUUCAGAUCCACUGUUACACAGGCAUCUACUGACGCCACUACUUCAGUACUUCUCUCUCUUUCUGGCUCACACAUUACCUACAAUAUCUACACACCUUGUGCCGCUGGGUUGCCUUUCAAACUCUGGGUGGGGGGCGCAAUCGCGUUGUUCUUUUCAUGCUUGCUUGUUUGUUUAUUAAUAAAGUCAUGUCUUCAGGCCUUG